AUGGCUAGAGGUCCGAAGAAGCAUUUGAAGAGAUUAGCAGCUCCACACCAUUGGUUACUAGACAAACUAUCUGGUUGUUACGCCCCAAGACCAUCUGCUGGUCCACAUAAAUUAAGAGAAUCCUUACCAUUGAUUGUUUUCUUGAGAAACAGAUUAAAGUAUGCCUUAAACGGUCGUGAAGUUAAAGCUAUCAUGAUGCAAAGACAUGUUAAAGUCGACGGUAAAGUCAGAACCGAUGCUACCUACCCAGCUGGUUUCAUGGAUGUUAUUACUUUAGAAGCUACCAACGAAAACUUCAGAUUAGUUUACGACGUUAAAGGUAGAUUCGCUGUCCACAGAAUCACCGAUGAAGAAGCUUCCUACAAAUUAGGUAAGGUCAAGAAGGUUCAAUUAGGUAAGAAAGGUGUUCCAUACGUUGUUACACACGAUGGUAGAACUAUCAGAUACCCAGAUCCAAACAUCAAAAUCAAUGACACUGUCAAGAUUGACCUAGCUUCUGGUAAGAUUACUGACUUCAUCAAGUUUGAUGCUGGUAAAUUAGUUUACGUUACUGGUGGUCGUAACUUGGGUAGAAUUGGUACUAUCGUUCACAAGGAAAGACAUGAUGGUGGUUUCGAUUUAGUUCACAUCAAGGAUUCCUUAGACAACACCUUCGUCACCAGAUUAAACAAUGUUUUCGUAAUCGGUGAACCAGGUAAGCCGUUCAUCUCUUUACCAAAGGGUAAGGGUAUUAAGUUAUCUAUUUCUGAAGAACGUGACAGAAGAAGGGCUCAAUCUGGUUUAUAA